UCUUACUAAUUUGGUUUGUUUAAAUGUCCUGUUUAAUCCACACAAUUCCACAGUUAAAUCACCUAUAGUGUAGAUGUUUUAUUGUUCCUCUUUUUUUCAUGCAUGUCAAUCACUACAAUUUUUAAAAUGACAUUGUUUAUGUCACUGUUUCUAGCACAGGACACGGAGGAGUUUGAAAUCCAAUCAAUAACUGAAUAAGGGGAUAUCAAGAUAGAUAACAAUGGGAAAACAUAAAAAAAAUAAGCAUGGGCACAGAUCGAGUUCAAGCAGUAGUUCAAGUUCGUCUAGCUCUGAUGAUGAGAGUUAUAAACAUCUUCCAAAAGAUCAGCGGAAAAUGAUGAAAAAGCAGAGAAAGAUGAUGAAAAAGAACAAAAUUAAAAUUCAUCAUGGAGAAUUGACUCCACAAGGACAUCAUGGCAAAGGUUAUCCUGCACAGCCUGGAUACCCUGGUUAUCCUACAGGAGCAGUUCCACCACCAGCACAGGGUUACCCAGGAGGUAUGCCAGCUGGGGGCUAUGCUCCACCUCCAGGAGGAUUUGCUCAACCAGCUGGAGGCUAUGCUCCAUCAGCUGGAGGCUAUGCUCAACCACCUGGAGGCUUUGCUCCACCACCUAGUGGUUACCCAGCAGGAGCAGCAUAUCCACAAGCUCCAAACCCUUCUUACCCAGCAGCUGGAGGCUAUCCUCAGCAGGGCUUUCAACCUCCACCACCAGCAGGUUAUAAUCCAGGAGGACCUCCUGCUGCAGGUUAUAAUCCUGGAGAAGUUGCCUAUGCAGGACAACCACCAAGUGUACAGCCAUAUGCUGGUCAACCUCCUGCAGGGGGUUUUGCUGCUCCACCUGCUGGUGGGGGAGGAUAUUCACAGCAGCCUGCUGGAGGGGCUGGAUAUGGAGCACCACAGCCAGGAGGUUUACCCUAUGGUGCCCCAGGUGGAGCCCCACCACAAGCUCAGUCAGUACCAUAUGGGCAACCAGGUGGAGCUCCAGCUUAUGGUGCUCCUGGUGCAGGACAACCUGCAAGUUAUGUACAACCAGGAGCACCAGGUGGCCCUAAUGUUGGCAUGGCAACCACUGGAAUGGCUAAUCUAAAUGUGCAGGCUAACAUGGUAGAAAGGUCAAGGCCAACCAUUGUACCUGCUAAACCUUUCAAUGCUGAACAAGAUGCACAGAUACUAAGAAAAGCUAUGAAGGGACUGGGCACUGACGAAAGAGCCAUUGUAGAUGUUAUAAGUCGUAGAUCUAACAAGCAAAGACAAGAAAUACUGGUUAUGUUCAAGACUUUGUUUGGAAAGGAUCUCAUUCAUGAUUUGAAAUCUGAGUUAAGUGGAGAUUUGGAGGAGUUGAUUCUUGCUAUGUUUAAACCAACUACCUUCUAUGAUGCUUAUUCUAUUCACAAAGCUAUGGAAGGUGUUGGAACAAAAGAAUCUGUCCUGAUUGAAAUACUGUUAACAAGACCUAACACAGAUAUCAAAGAAAUUGUUGUUUGUUACCAAAAAAAUUAUGGUAGAAGUUUGGAGAAAGACAUUAUGGAUGAAACCAGUGGUCAUUUCAAACGUCUAUUAGUGUCAGCUUGCCAGGGAAAUAGAACAGAAUUAACCCCAGAACAGUUACAGAAGGCAGCUACACAGGGUGUUGAAUCAGUAAUUGAUAGAAACCUUGCAAGAGAGGAUGCUCAAAAACUAUACCAAGCUGGUGCUAAAAAAAUUGGAACAGAUGAGUCUGCCUUCCUACAGGUUAUGGCUGUCCGACAUUACUAUCAACUAAGAGCCACAUUUGAGGAGUACCAUAGGUUGGCUGGAAAAGAUAUCUUAUCAGCAGUUAAAGGUGAAAUGUCAGGUGAUUUAGAGGACGGAUUCAAAGCUUUAGUUACCUGUGCUAAGAAUAGACCACAGUACUUCGCUGAGAGACUACACAAAGCAAUGGCUGGAUUUGGAACAAAAGAUUCUACACUUAUCAGAGUCAUUGUUUCAAGAUCUGAGAUUGAUUUACAAGACAUUAAGGAUGAGUACAGAAACAAGUACCAAAAAUCUCUUCAUGACGCUGUGAGUUCUGAGACAAGUGGGGAUUACAAGAAACUACUUCUUGGUAUUACUGGCCCUUAAUCAGAACAAAAACAUUGUUGUUUAUUAUACACCUAUAACCAUGUUGUUUUAUUAACUUUUUACAAAUGUUAUAUUAUAAUCUAUAAGUAAAGCUUUUGUAACUUGGGAGCCAGAAUUUAUACAUUUCAAUUUUGUAUUUCUUUUUUUUUUUUACUUAGAAGUAACUGUGAUUUAGUAAUUUUGUUCCUUUAUAUUUGAUUAGAU